GCUUCCCACAUCAACGGUGCGCUCCGAGUCAGUGCCGUGCGUUCGGUUCACUCGUUGUUUGGCACCCUGCGGGACAGAGCAGAAACGUAGCCGACCGCGCGUUAGUUUGUCGAGGCAUUCUUUCCUGGCCGUGCGUGCGUGCGUCACAGUAAUAGGAAGAACGCAUCUAACGCCUUGUGUAAGAUUGCCACAUUAAGACGCGUGCGUGAAUCACUGAUACUAAGGAGAUUUUGUGAGAAAGUGUAAACCGUCUAACCUAGCUUAGUUUCGGUGUUUUAAGUUCACGUCGCCCUGCAGCAGAGUGAGGAAAUUUGAAACUUACCCCUCCACUACCGGAAGUGUGAUUAAAUCCCACCGCAGGCAGACUGCAAAAAAAAACCUUGAAAGAGUAGCUUUGCUGCCUCUAUUGCAAAACAACAAAACGGAAAAGAGAAAGGAACCCCCUCCCCCCCUUCUUGUACCGGGAAGAAAGUGCAUUUGCGAAAGAAAAUUAUUCGUUGCAGUGAAACGAAAUUGCAUCCGCGAAGGUUGUUGUGUUGCAAAGUUGAGGCGCCCUUGUGACGUGAUCUUCUGUGUGAUCGGUUUAGAUCUGUCAAACGUAGGGAGAAAGAAAAGUUCGAAGGAACAAAAAAACAAACACAGAAUUGCAACUUGAUCGUGCGUAAACAUUAUCAAACAAACAGAACAAACCGCGUACGUCACUAGUGACACUAGGCAAAUAGUGGUCAGGGUAAUCUGCGCUUUUGCAGGAGUUAAAAACAAUUCUAUUGUGUUAGCACGAAGCAGUGAAUCACAGACGUGAUAAGGCUGAAUAAAAGCAGCAGCAUCUUACAGUGUGCAUUGAUGUUGUGUUGCCAUUCUACUGGUGGGUGUACAUUUAAUAGUUUAAACACCUUUUGACGGAAAACACACAAAGAAACGCAACGUAGAAAAACGAACGCACAGCGCUGUCACGGUGGUUAAGAACGAACGAACACGAAAAACAUACACACGCACAAAGCUUCCAAUAUGGCGGAAGCGAUCGACCUUGCCGGUGGUAGCAGCGGUCUCACUAACAAUUUGCUCGAUGAUAACAAUAGGAAAAAUGGUUCGGUACGGGUACAGAUCGUACCGUCGCAGCCGAAGACGCUCUCCCAUCUGCCGACCCGACCACCCGUCGAUCUGGCCUUCCACAAUCUUACGUACCGGGUCAAGGAAGGACGACGCAACAAUGUGAAGACCAUCCUGAAAGAGGUGAGCGGCAAACUGCGCUCGGGAGAGCUGACCGCCAUCAUGGGACCGUCCGGUGCUGGCAAGAGUACGCUACUAAACAUCCUUUCUGGCUACAAAACAACAAACAUCGAUGGUUCGAUAACGAUGAACGGAAAGGAACGCAACCUGAGCCAAUUCCGCAAACUUUCCGCCUACAUCAUGCAGGACAAUCAGCUGCACGCUAACUUGACGGUGGAAGAAGCGAUGAAUGUGGCCGCUAGUCUGAAACUUAGCCAGAAAGUGGAAAAGAGUGAAAAGCAGCAUGUGAUCAAGGAAAUUCUGGAAACUCUCGGCCUUGAGGAGCACCGUCCAACAUUGACGCGGAACCUAUCCGGUGGUCAACAGAAGCGUCUCUCAAUCGCGCUCGAGCUCGUAAACAAUCCGCCGAUCAUGUUCUUCGACGAACCGACCUCGGGAUUGGACAGCUCGACCUGUUUCCAGUGCGUCAGCUUGCUAAAGUUCUUGGCCCGCGGUGGCCGUACGAUCAUCUGCACCAUCCAUCAACCGUCGGCCCGUCUGUUCGAGAUGUUCGAUCAGCUGUACACGCUCGCGGAUGGGCAGUGUGUGUAUCAGGGUAGCACACGACAAUUGGUCCCGUUCCUGGGUACGCUCGAUCUGGAGUGUCCCUCGUAUCACAAUCCGGCCAGCUACGUUAUUGAGGUGUCGUGCGGUGAGCAUGGUGAUCAUACGCGCAAGCUCGUCAAUGCGAUCGAGAACGGCAAGAAGGAUAUUCGCAGCGAGUUGGACUUCCCGGCACAGAAGAACAAGAAGAACGAAAAUGCGGCCAACGGCAAUACUAACCUGAAGGUGAACUACGAGCGUAUGAACGGUGGUGCGAACAAGUACGCGGACAAUCUGAACCUCGGUGGAAACGGUCUACUGCCACCAUCGAUGGUGAAUGAUAUUGCGAAGGAGACGGAAACCAUCAAAAUCGCCGUCGAACCGGACCGGGAACCAGAGGUUAACAGUGCGUUGCUGCCGGUAGAGGGUGCGGCUGACAUUGACCACUCACCCGAACGCUAUCCAACUUCGGAGUUCCACCAGUUUUGGGUUGUGUUGAAACGAACGUUGCUUUUCAGUAGACGUGAUUGGACUCUCAUGUACUUGCGUUUGUUUGCUCACAUUCUGGUUGGAUUCCUGAUCGGCACGUUGUACUACGAUAUUGGUAAUGAUGGCGCAAAGGUGCUCAGUAAUCUUGGAUUCCUGUUCUUCAACAUGCUGUUCCUGAUGUACACGUCCAUGACAAUUACGAUUCUUUCAUUCCCUCUCGAGAUGCCCGUACUACUAAAGGAGAACUUUAAUAGGUGGUAUUCAUUACGGUCGUACUAUCUCGCUAUCACAGUCUCGGACAUACCAUUCCAGACAAUCUUCUGCGUGUUUUACGUCUCGAUCGUCUAUUACUUCACAUCUCAACCAAUGGAAUGGUUCCGGUUCGCAAUGUUCCUUGGUUCGUGUUUGCUUAUCUCGUUCGUGGCACAAAGUGUCGGUCUUGUUGUCGGUGCUGCCAUGAACGUCCAGAACGGUGUGUUCCUUGCCCCAGUUAUGUCUGUACCAUUCCUGCUGUUUUCCGGCUUCUUCGUAUCCUUCGACGCCAUUCCAAUCUAUCUACGUUGGAUCACAUACCUUUCCUACAUUCGCUACGGUUUCGAGGGAACUGCACUGGCCACCUACUCGUAUGGUCGCGAAAAGCUUAAGUGCCACCAGGUGUACUGUCACUUCAAGUCACCAACGACCACGCUGGAGGAGUUGGACAUGUUGGAUGCUAACUUUACGCUCGAUAUUGUUGCACUGAUCGUCAUCUUCAUUGUGUUGCGAGUUGCUGCCUUCCUGUUCCUGCGCUGGAAGUUGAAGACUACCAGAUAAAUCACACUGGGUGGGUGACUUGGUGAUGUAAUGUGUCGUGAUGCUUUUUAUUCUAUUCAAGCUUAAAUUUAACGAAGAGAGCUAUGGUGUGCAAAACGGUACUGUACCACGUGCUAUCGUAUUCUCUUCCGGAUGCACCCGAUACCGUCGUAGCGUAAGCCAAAGUAGCGUUUAAUGUUUUCAAGUUCUUCUUCAACUGUACCAAAAACACGGAUGGCUAAAAUAAGAAAGGAUAAAUCUGUGCGAUGUGAUUUUAUCAGCUUACCCUUGCCUUGAACAUCAAUCGAACAUAUAACGGAACAUAUCAAAAGAAUCGAGUGAUAACUGUGCUCGAGCUUGGUUCGAAUCGCAGAAAUAUAGCCACAAGAUUGGCCUUAUACCUUUAUUGGGUGCCUUAUUGGCUACACAUGUAUGGCGUUCUACACCGUGCCCUUUUUGUACUAUCUCUUGUCUUUCUUAUUCAGAAAGUGAAUGGAGCAGCUUUUAAAGCGUACUGUCUCUCCGUUCCCUAUACAGUUUAACCAUUUUGCUAAACAACUUUUACGAUAAGGCUCAAGCGCACCGUACCGUGCAUUGGCGGCAUUAGAUGUUAAAGGAACGGGGUUUCUUUUUAUAACCGAUAUUUGCUUCAAGAUGUGUAUACGUAAGGGAAAUUGUGGAUGGACGUGGUUGUAAAACAAAAAAAAGAAGAAAAAGAAAAGACGAAACAGAAGAAGAAAAACAGACUAAAUGUGAUAACAUUUUAAAAACAAAAAAGCAAUGACAUGAUCAACCAGCAUAUUGUAAACAAGUGCAAUUAGUUAGCAAAAGUGCGAUACAAAUGUGAAUGAAAAAAUUGUAAAUGGAAUAAACAGGAUUAAUGUGGUUUUUUUUU